AUGGACCAGGCAGCUGAGAAACCACGAAAAUGCCCCGGCCUAGAAUGCGAAAACGAUGCAAGCACAUUGCAAUGCCCAACUUGUCUGAAGCAGGGAACAGAGAGCUACUUUUGUUCGCAGGACUGUUUUAAGCGGAGUUGGGGAGAGCACAAGAAGGUCCACAAAAGUACCAACCCCUUGCGCAAACUCUUUCCUCCCAACAUCGUGUCUGAACCCGAUCCAGAAAGUGGUCAUUUCAACCCCUUCCCUACCUUUGGCUUUACUGGCCCCCUACGACCGGUCUAUCCUUUAUCUGCCAAGCGAGAAGUGCCCCGAUCGAUACCACACCCCGAUUAUGCUGCAGAUGGCAUACCUCGAUCAGAGCAGAAAUUUGUGGGCAGGCACAACGUCAAGGUCCUGGAUGCAAAAGAGCAAGAGGGAAUGAGAAAGGUUUGCAGAUUAGCCAGAGAAGUUCUGGACAUAGCAGCGACAGAGUCAUAUCCAUCACCCCUAAAUUACUAUCACUUUCCCAAGUCAGUCUGCACAUCGCCUAACGAAGUUAUCUGCCAUGGCAUACCCGACCAAAGAGUUCUUCUCGAAGGCGACAUUCUCAAUCUCGACGUCACACUCUACCAUGAAGGGUUCCAUGGCGACCUGAAUGAAACGUACCACGUAGGUGAGCCAGCACGAGCAGACGCAGACUCGGUCCGCGUGGUAGAGACGGCUCGCGAAUGUCUAGAUAAGGCGAUUGAGAUUGUCAAGCCAGGAAUGCUCUUCCGAGAUCCGGGGAAUGUGAUUGAGAAGCAUGCCAAGAGCCGUGAUUGCAGCGUCAUCAAGACCUAUUGUGGUCACGGCAUCAAUCAACUCUUCCACACAGUGCCCAAUAUUCCUCAUUACGCGAAGAACAAGGCAGUAGGCACCGCAAAGGCUGGAAUGUGCUUCACCAUUGAGCCGAUGAUCAGUCUCGGUUCGUAUCGAGACAAGACGUGGCCGGAUGACUGGACUAGCGUCACAACGGAUGGUUCUCGAACAGCACAGUUCGAACACACCCUUCUUGUUACAGAGGAUGGAGUGGAGAUUCUGACAGCACGAUUACCAACCUCGCCUGGUGGGCCGAUAGCCAUGCCAGAAAAGGUUGAGGCGGUUCCAAAUGGCUUGAAGUAA